CAGGCGCUCCGGAGCCACCGGCACACCGUAAAUGAGCUCGGAGAAGUUCAAGUAAAGGAGAAAAAAUGGAUUACCGCCGUGUACAGACCUGCUCAGUCUUCCUGUAUUUAUUUAUUAACAGCAUAUUUAUUGUAACCCACUCCAAGGAGCACAUGCUGCUCGAUAUGAAGGCAUCUGGAGGAGAGCUGGGUUGGUUAACCUCACCGAGUGAAGAAGGGUGGGAGAUAGUCCAGACAGUGGUGAAUGGCUCCCUCCUCUACACUUACAGCGUGUGCAACGUGGCCAGUGAUUCCGAACAGGACAACUGGCUUCGGACCACCUUUAUCCAGCGUCCACUUGAAGCUGCACGCGUCUCUGUUGAGCUGCGAUUUGUCGUUCGUGACUGCAACACCUUUGGUGGGGCCACUCCCACCUGUCGGGAGACCUUUGGCCUCUACCUAUUUGAAACAGACAUGGAUGUGGGCACCAACUUCCGGAAAGGUCAGUUCCGCAAGAUCGCCACAGUGGCUCCUGAUGAGGUGACAGCAAACCGGGGUGGCGGCCGGGCAUCUGUACAGGUGAACGUGGAGACCAAGGUCAUCGGGCCGCUUUCCAGACGGGGCUUCUACCUGGCCUUCCAAGAUGUUGGCGCAUGCGUGGCUCUCCUGGGGGUCAGGGUGUUCUAUACUACCUGUCCGGCUAUCCAGCGCAACCUGGCCACCUUCCCUGAGAGGGUGACUGCUGGAGCGCUGGCUGAGGUUGAGGGAACCUGCGUGAAGGAUGCAGUGGUGGCCGGACAGGCGGCUCCGCGCAUGUACUGCACUGCCGAAGGAGAGUGGGUGGUGCCUGUCGGACAGUGCCACUGCAGAGCUGGCUACCAGGCUGUGGGACAGACCUGCAGAGCAUGUGAAGCAGGCUACUACAAGUCCUCCGUUUCCAGUGAGCCGUGUCAAAUCUGCCCAGAAAACACCCAGCACUCAGGGCCUGGGGCACUUCUGUGUCCCUGCCUGGAAGGCUUCUACCGAGCGCCCACUGACCCCAGCUCUGCCCCCUGUUCUGGUCCCCCUGGCCCACCUAAAGACCUGACGUUCGCUCCUCUCCUUACUGUGGGGAGUUUAAAACUGACCUGGAAACCUCCAGGCAACACUGGCGGCAGGAGUGAUGUCACCUAUGAUGUGAAGUGUGAGCGCUGUGAUGGCGCUAUGUGUGUACCAUGUGGAUCGAGGGUGCAGUUCCAAUCUGCACACACAGCUCUGCGCACCCCAGAGGUCACAGUCAGCGAGCUGGAGCCGCACGUUAACUACACAUUCACAGUGGAAGUCUUGAAUGGAGUGUCCCAGUUCAGUCGUCAGAAAGCCUCCGCUAGCAUCACGACCAUGCUGCACUUCACAGAUCCUCCUAAAGUGACGUUCCUCAGAGUGGUGGACCGAACCUCUACUAGUUUGUCUCUGUCUUGGGCUGUGGAUCACCGCAAGUCCUCUCUCCAUUCGCCUCACUAUGAGCUCAUGUACCGCAUAAAGGAGGAUCAGGCAGAACAGGACUUCACUACCUACACUGUUCUGAAGCUGGAGAGAAACUCUGUCCAAAUUAGUGACCUCUUGCCCGGAACUAAGUAUGUGUUUCGUGUUCAGACACUAACACCAGAGGGCCAUCCCAGCAGUCAAAGUGCAGAGCAUGAGUUUGAGACUCUACCCCUGGCUGAGUCACAAACACAGGGCAGUUCCAUGAUUGUCAUGGGUGCUAUCGCUGGAGGCGCAGUCAUGUUGCUUAUCGUGGUGGUCAUCUUGCUACUGCACAAAAGGAGGCUGAAUUCACAUGUCCGACAGAGAUCAGGAGGCAACUACUUUGCCUGUCCAGAAAAACUGCAGCCUCUAAAGACCUAUGUGGACCCACACACUUACGAAGACCCCUGCACAGCUGUCCUCAAGUUUGCCAGUGAAAUUCACCCCAAUUACAUCACCAAGCAGAAAGUUAUUGGAGCAGGAGAAUUUGGCGAGGUGUUCCGUGGUCUGCUGAAGUUGCCGGGACGCAGUGAGGUUGCCGUGGCGAUAAAAACUGUAAAGCCCGGCUACACAGAGAAGCAGCGGCAGGACUUCCUGAGCGAGGCCAGCAUCAUGGGCCAGUUCUCCCACCAGAACAUCAUACGCCUGGAGGGGGUCGUCACUAAAUUCAAACAUGCCAUGAUCAUCACCGAGUACAUGGAGAACGGUGCUCUGGAUCAGUACCUGAGGGACCAUGAUGGAGAGUUGUCAUCCUAUCAGUUGGUGGGCAUGCUCAAUGGCAUAGCAGCAGGGAUGAAGUAUCUCUCUGACAUGAACUACGUGCACCGAGACCUUGCUGCACGCAACAUUCUGGUCAAUGGCAACUUGGAGUGCAAGGUUUCAGACUUCGGCCUGUCUCGUGUUCUGGAAGACUAUCCUGAAGGCACCUACACAACCAGCGGAGGAAAGAUUCCUAUUCGCUGGACGGCACCAGAAGCCAUAGCAUACAGGAAGUUCACCUCAGCUAGCGAUGUGUGGAGUUUUGGCAUAGUCAUGUGGGAGGUCAUGACCUCUGGAGAGAGACCCUACUGGGACAUGAGUAACCAUGAGGUGAUGAAGGCCAUAAAUGAAGGCUUCAAGCUGCCGGCGCCAAUGGACUGCCCAUCUGCUAUUUACCAGCUGAUGCUGCAGUGCUGGAUGCAGGAUCGUUCCAAACGCCCACGCUUCCUUGAUAUCGUCAAUCUGCUAGACAAGCUGCUGCACAACCCCGAGUCACUUACAGCCAUCGCCAGUGUCGACCUACGAGUGUCUGUUCGCCUGCCAAGCACUAGUGGAAACGAUGGCGCCCCCUUCAGGUCUGUGGAUGAAUGGCUGGACUCAAUGAAGAUGGGCCAGUAUAAGGAAGCCUUUGCCCAUGCUGGUAUCACAACCAUGGAGCAGGUGUUGCAUCUGAAGACUGAGGAUAUCAAGAAGAUUGGGGUGCAGUUGCCAGGCCACCAAAAAAGAAUGGCCUACAGCAUUCUGGGUCUUCAAGAUCCCACUGGUCCUGUGGAUGUAUUUGCAGUGUGACGGCCAGAUUCACCAGAGUUGCACUAUUCUGAACUCUGAACUCUAACAAGCACAGCUGCCCUUAGACUUUAGAGGGAACUCGAAAGGAGCUACUUGAAUCCACCCAGAAUGCUCCUCCAUCCUGAAGUGGACCUCAUUUGGGACCAAUGGACUUCAAUGGAAUAAUGACUGAAAAAGAAAGGACUGAUAUUUGUACUGUUAUUUUUUCAUGCUUUGUUACUUGGUAUGUGUUUUGUAAAUGUACACAGUGCCAUGACAGACCCUCAAUUUGUACUGUCGUUUCAAAUGGUGGCCAAAUCAGAAGACCCCAAUAGUGGAGUACUUGUGACGGUCUGGCCUUUUGCUGCAAGUUAUUUGUUAUUUCAGCUUGAUGUUCAGUUGCGCCACCUCGAGAGUGGAUCGCUACAGUAUAGCCUCAAGAUAGACCAUUAGACUUAAGGGCGUUGCAAUACUAACUCACUAUAUUUUUGUGUGGUUGAAGUAUCUUUACUUUGUUGACAUUAUGAACAUUAAAAGCUAGCUAGAAAAUGCUUAAAAUGUUUAAACCACAUGGCCAAUUUCACUUUGAGUAAAUGGAAAUGAAAGGCCUGUUCUAUAUCAUGAUGAGAGACAAUGUUUACACAUCUUAUUUCAGCUCUUUUUGGGGGAAUUAUUUAAUAUUUAUUGUGUGUUUA